ACCCGCUCCCUGAUUUUAAUGAGGUACGAUCACGUCUCACCAUGGAAGAAGACAAGAAGAAGCGUCAAACUGCCCGCGCGGCCCAGCUCUCCGCUACUGUCCUCGCAGCCUCUGUCUCCUCACCCUCACAGAAUUCACAUCAGCAACCUACUUUCUAUCCGGCUUCGGAUCGCGGUCGUGGUCGCUCACGCGGUCGCGGUCGUGGUCGUGGUCGAAACUACAACAACCGCAACUAUUCCAGUCGUGGCCAGCAACCCAAUACUCCAACUCAUCCUUACAUCGUGUUCCCGAGUAAUUGGACCGCCAACCAAUGGGCCUCACUUUUACAAGGUUCUAACUCUGCAUCGGCCCAGACCAUACCACCGUGCCCAUAUCCCUCCAAACCAAACACUGCUGGUCCGAACUCCCAGGGCAUCCUCGGGCCCCGACCCGAUACCAACGGCUCAGCAGCAUACACGCCAACAGAUAUAGAGCAGGCACUGUACACCAUGGCACUAAACCAGCCAGACCACGGGAUCAUGGACACGGGCGCAACCGCUCAUUCGGCCAAUGAACAAGGAUCUCAAAACUCGGGCGCCUAUCCUUAGAUGCAACAGCACCGGCGAUCUCUAUCCAUUGACACAGCCUCUAUCCACCAUCUCUCAACCUUCCGCUCUUGCUGCUGUCACUCAAGAUCGCUGGCAUCAACGCUUAGGCCACCCUGGCGACACUUUAUUACAUUCUUUGAAACUUUCUUCUCGUAUUUCUUUUAACAAACAAAA